UGUUUGACAGAAGAGAAGAAGAUGAUGUCUUGUAAAUUUCCUUUGACAGCAAACAAGGGAAUGAAGAACAGGGCGUUGAUAGUGUCUGUGGAGGACUUCUAUCCAGGUGUAGAUCUGGACAACAGGAAAGGUGCGAAGAGAGACACUCAAAGACUUCACAAAACCCUCAGCAAGCUUGGCUUCUCUGUGGAAAUCAGAAUUGACAUCGAAGCAGAUGCAAUCUAUAAAGCAUUUAAAGAAGAGAGCAAGAAGACGGUCAAAGACUGUUUUGUGGGAGUCAUAUCCAGUCACGGUGAGGAGGGUGUUGUGUUUGGCGCUGACGGAGGUGCUGUGAAACUGGCUGAGAUCUACAGCUACUUUAGAGGCCCGUCGAUGGCAGACAAGAGCAAGCUUUUCUUGAUCCAGGCUUGUCGAGGGCAUGGGUUGGAUGAAGGUGUGGAGGUCGACUCUUCAUUCUCAGAGGAAGAGGACGGAGUGUCUGAGCUGUUUUCCAUCCCUAUUGACACAGCAGUCAUGUACGCCACAUCUCCAGGUUACGGUGCAUUCAUGCAUCCUGCGGGCUCGGAGUUGAUUCAAACCUUUUGUAAUUUGCUAGAAGAAGAAGGAGGUCCAGAUCUGGAGAUCACAAGACUCCUGACUCGAAUAAACUUCCAGGUGGCCUACAAUUUUAAAUCGAGAGGGAAAACGUUGGGCGGCAAGAAACAGAUGCCGUGCUUUGUGACCCGCUUUACCAGAGAGGUUUUCCCGUUCAGGAAGAUGGCAGCAGAAGAAGAUUUGAGCUUGACCUUUGCAGCCACACAGCUUAUCGAUGAACCCAAAAGAUCACGGAAGAGCUCCAUCAGCUGAACAGAGAAAGAAUAUG